AUGUCCAAUGACAACAGGAUCCUUGCUCUACUCAGUGUCACAAGGAGUGACACAGGACUCUGUGAAUGUCAAAUGAAGAAUGUAGAGAGUACCAGCCACAAUGACCCAGUGACCUGGAUGUUCUCUAUGAGUAUCCUCUUUUCCUUCAUGGCCAAGGCUGCCAGCCCAAAUCCACAUAACCCGAGGUCAGGCCUCUCAGUCCCUCUCAGGUCCAAGUAUGAAGACAUUUACCCCUGGACCCCCAAACUGGCCAUGACUUCCUAUCCCAGGCAAACCUGGUUGCAUCUUUCUCUUGGUGUCUCAGUUGUGGCAGCCAUGAAUGGCCUCCAUGGCAAGGACUUGACUGACAGAGGGCCAGCAUCACUUUUAAUCUUCUGGAACCCACCCAUCCCUGCGCAAGUCACGAUUGAAGCCCAGCCAACAAAAGUUUCCGAGGGGAAGGAUGUUCUGCUACUUGUCCACAAUUUGCCCCAGAAUCUUAUUGGAUACAUCUGGUACAAAGGGCAAAUAAUGGACCUCCACCAUUACAUUAUGGGAUAUGUAAUAGAGGCUGAAGCAAUUAUAUUUGGGCCUGCAUACAGUGGAUGAGAAAUAGUAUAUUCCAAUGCAUCCCUGCUGAUCCAGAAUGUCACCCAGAAUGACACAGGAUCCUACACCAUACAAAUCAUAAAGCGAGGUGAUAAGACUAAAGGAGUAACUGGACAUUUCACCUUAUACCUGGAGACUCCCAAGCCCUCCAUCUCCAGCAGCAACUUAAACCCCAGGGAGGCCACGGAGACUGUGACCUUAUCCUGUAAUCCUGACACUCAGGACGUAAGCUACCUGUGUGGACAGAGCCUCCCUGUCAGUCGCAAGUUGCAGCUGUCCAAAAACAACAGGACCCUCCUUCUAUUUGGUGUCACAGUGGAUACCGCAGGACCCUAUGAAUGUGAAAUGAAGAACCCAGUGAGUGCCAGCCGCAGUGACCCAGUCACCCUGAAUCUCCACUCGGAGCUGCCCAAGCCCUACAUCACCAGCAAAAACUUCAACCUCAUGGAGAAUAAGAAUGUUGUAGCCUUAACAUGUGAAUCUAAGACUCAGAACUAUAGCUACGUGUGGUGGGUAAAUGAUCAGAGCCUCCCCGUCAGUCCUAGGCUAAAGCAACCUGGUGAAAACAGGAUCCUCAUUCUACCCAAUGUCACAAGAAAUGACACAGGAUCCUAUGAAUGUGAAAUACGGGACCGAGUUGGUGGCAUGCGCAGUGACCCAGUCACCCUGAAUGUCCUCUAUGGUCCAGACCUCCCCAGCAUUUUCUCUUCAUUGACCGACUACUGUUCAGGACAAAACCUCUCCUUGUUAUGCUUCACGGACUCUAAUCCACCGGCAGAGUAUACUUGGAUGAUAAAUGGGAAGUUUCUGCAAUCAGGACCAAGGCUCCAUAUCCCCCAAAUUACUACAAAUCAUAGCGGGCUCUAUCGUUGCUCUGUUCGUAACUCAGCCACUGGCAGCGAACGUUCCACAUUCAAGACGAUCAGAGUCUCUGAGAGAGGGUCUCCCCGGGUUACCUAUGCUGGUCCAAACACCUGGCCUCAAAAAAUCCUCCCAUUGUGA